GGAAUAAAGUGUAAAACUGUUGAUAUCUGGAGCGAAUAACAACGAGAGAGGAUCGAGAAACAGCAGAAACAUGUUUGAUUCUCUCUGAAGACGUGUUCUACUGGAUCUCUGCUGAUUAUUCACGAGUUAAAGUCGCCGGGGAGACUUUUACUUCGAAACUACAACCCGGAAGUGCUGUGUUUACAUCUGCCCCGCUUGUGUGACAGUCCCCUCUCAGCUGUGUGUGUGUGUGUGUUCUCCUCCUGCAAACCAGGGGCUUGUGUUGUAAUUAAAAAACAACAACAUCACACAAUGACCUCCAGCGAUGAGAUCCGGAUCCCGAGCCGCCUCCCGCUGCUGCUGACCCACGAGGGAGUGCUGCUGCCCGGCUCCACGGUCCGAGUCAGCGUGGCCUCCCCCCGGAACAUGCACCUGGUCAGCCAGCGGCUCCUGAGAGGAACCUCGCUGAAGAGCACCAUCAUCGGCCUGAUCCCCAACACCCGGGACCCGGAGCACGACACCGACGACCUGCCCCCGCUGCACAAGAUUGGAACGGCGGGGAUCGCGGUGCAGGUGGUGGGCAGCAACUGGCCCAAGCCCCACUUCACCCUCCUCAUCACCGGGCUGUGCCGCUUCAGUGUGACAGGUCUGCUGAAGGAGAGACCCUUCGUCCUGGCAGAGGUGGAGCAGUUGGAUAAACUGGAGCAGUACACGACACCAGCAUCACAGGGGGUCACCAGUGGUGAUGGGGAGCUGGGGGAGCUGUCUGAGAAAUUCUACCAGACGGCUGUACAGUUGUUAGGAAUGCUGGACAUGUCCGUUCCAGUGGUGGCUAAGUUCAGGCGUCUGCUGGACAGUCUGCCCAGGGAAACGCUGCCUGAUGUGGUCGCCUCCAUGAUCCGAACGUCAAACAAGGAGAAACUAGAGGUCUUGGAUGCGGUGAGCCUGGAGGACCGUUUUAAGAUGGCUCUGUCCAUGUUGACCAGACAGAUAGACGCACUGAAUCUACUGCAGAAGACCAGGAAGAAGAGUCCUGAUAAUGAGAAGAGGGUGUUAUCGGUGCGUAAAGGUGGUGUGUUGCCAGGCCGGCAGUUCAAUGUGGAUGAGGAGGAUGAAGAUGAUGGAGAUGACACCUCGGUCCUGGAGAGGAAGAUUCAUGCGGCGAACAUGCCUGAGGCUGCUCUCAGAGUUUGUCUGAAAGAGCUCAAGAGAUUGAAAAAGAUGCCUCAGUCCAUGCCUGAGUCUGCCCUGACCAGAAACUACUUGGAUCUGAUGGUUGAGCUGCCGUGGAGCAAAAACACCAAAGACUGCCUGGACAUCCGGUCUGCUCGCACUCUGCUGGACAACGACCACUAUGCCAUGGAGAAGCUGAAGAGGCGUGUGCUGGAGUACCUGGCUGUCAGGCAACUCAAGACUUCCCUCAAGGGCCCCAUUCUAUGCUUUGUGGGGCCCCCAGGAGUCGGUAAGACCAGUGUGGGGCGCUCCAUUGCCAGGACUCUGGGCCGAGAGUUUCACCGCAUCGCUUUAGGAGGCGUCUGUGACCAGUCGGACAUCCGAGGACACAGACGUACGUACGUAGGGAGCAUGCCCGGUCGCAUCAUCAACGGCUUGAAGACGGUGGCUGUAAAUAAUCCUGUCUUCCUGUUGGAUGAGGUGGACAAACUGGGGAAGAGUCUCCAGGGUGACCCUGCUGCUGCUCUGCUGGAGGUCCUGGAUCCGGAGCAGAAUCACAGCUUCACAGACCAUUACCUCAACGUGGCUUUCGACCUCUCCCAAGUUCUCUUCAUCGCCACGGCAAACACCACGGCAACCAUCCCCCCCGCCCUGCUGGACCGGAUGGAGGUGCUGCAGGUUCCAGGCUACACUCAGGAGGAGAAGGUGGAGAUAGCUCAUCGUCACCUGAUCCGGAACCAGCUGGAUCAGCACGGAUUAACACCUCAGCAGCUGCAGAUUCCACAGGACACCACGCAGGCUAUAAUCAGCAGGUACACGAGAGAGGCAGGUGUGCGUUCCCUGGAGAGGAAGAUCGGAGCCAUCUGCCGCGCCGUGGCCGUGAAGGUCGCUGAAGGUCACAGAGUGGCCAAGACAGAAGCUUCGGUCCCAGAGGGGCCUUCAGAGCACGGAGACAAGGCGGCGGCCCCCCCAGAGAUGCCCAUUGUGAUCGACCACAUCGCCCUGACAGACAUCCUGGGCCCUCCGCUGUUUGAGAUGGAGGUGUCGGAGCGGUUCAUCCUGCCCGGUGUCGCUCUGGGUUUGGCCUGGACGCCGCUCGGGGGGGAGAUCAUGUUUGUGGAGGCCAGUCGGAUGGAGGGCGAGGGUCAGCUGACUCUGACCGGUCAGCUGGGAGACGUGAUGAAAGAGUCCGCCCACCUGGCCAUCAGCUGGCUCCGGGCCAACGCCAAAACCUACCAGCUCACCAACUUGGUGGGGGGGCCAGAUCCUCUAGAAGGAACCGACAUCCACCUCCACUUUCCUGCCGGAGCUGUCACCAAGGACGGCCCUUCCGCUGGUGUUACCAUAGUAACCUGCCUGGCCUCGCUGUUCAGCGGCCGCCUGGUCAGAUCCGACGUUGCCAUGACGGGAGAGAUCACGCUCAGAGGGCUGGUGCUGCCGGUGGGCGGGAUCAAGGACAAGAUCCUGGCGGCCUACAGGGCGGGGGUGAAGCGUGUCAUCCUGCCGCUGCGCAACCAGAAGGACCUGGACGAGCUUCCAGCCAACGUCCGAGCCGACCUGGACUUCGUCACGGCUGCGAACCUGGACCAGGUCCUGAACGCCGCCUUCGAGGGGGGGUUCCCGGGCACGGACCAGGCGCACACCCCCCCUCAGCUGAGCAGCAAACUGUGACCGGGCGCACACCUCCCCCCCCCCUCAGCUGAGCAGCAAACUGUGACCGGGCGGGGAGCGACUGGACGAGCGACCUCAAGACCGCUCGGGAUUAAAAGUUACACAGACACAAGUGUUCAAACUCUAAUUCAGCUCAAUGGAAUUUUGCUUGAUUAGCAAAUGACUCAUGCAGAUUUUGUAUUUUAUUAUUUGUGCAAUUUUUGUGACCACUCAUGACAGCAGAAUUUAUAUUGUUGAGGUUUCUAUGCAAUAUACGAAGGAUUAUUAGGAUCAUGUUAAAGAUAAAAAAAAUAUAUAUUUUCAGAAGAAGAAUAUUUACAAGACUAGUUGUGGUUUAUUCAGAAAGUCAAUUUUAUGAGAAAAGUUAUAAUUAACAAGAAAAUAGUCAUAUCUAAAGAAAAAGAAAUCAUCUAGAAAAUAAGCAGCAGGAGAAUCUGAUGGUUUUUUUCUCUGAAAUCAUUUAAAAACAUUAUGAUUUAUUUUUCUCAUAAAAUUGUUUUUUUCCUCAUAUGAUGCUUUUAGUCUUGAGUUUCUUGUAAUAUUAUUGCUUUAUUCUUGUAAAAUUAAGAUUUUUAUUUGUAAAAUGUAUUUAUUUUCCUGAAAUAUUACAACUUAAUUCACGUAAAAUUAUGACUUUAUUAACAUAAGAUUACAACUUUAAAUCUUGGAAUAUUUUCACUUAUUCUCAACAUUUAGUAUAAUAUUCAUCUUACCUCCGUGUCAUCACAUUGACUCUGUUGCUGUGACACCAGGUUGUGAUUCUGAGGAUCUGACUAACACCUGGAUUAUUCCUCCCACUAACGUGUGAUGUCGAAGACUUUAAAAACUGUGAAUUCAUACUAAACCACUUGUGUCUGAGUAGAUAUUAAAGAUGCUUAAUAAUAUGAAAUAAUGUCGCUUUAUUCUGACCUCGUUAAAUACACACGUUUGUUUGUGCAGAUAAAACUGAGAUAAUCCUUUGAACUGUU